AUGGGUCGAGUUAUCAGAGCUCAAAGAAAGUCUGGAGGUAUCUUCAGAUCCCACACCCACCACAACAAAAACCCAGCUCGAUUGAGGAACCUCGAUUUCGCUGAAAAGAAUGGUUAUAUCAGAGGUGUAGUAAGGGAGAUCAUCCACGAUGCUGGUCGAGGUGCACCCCUCGCCACUGUCGUCUUCAGAGACCCUUACCGAUACAAGCUCCGAAAAGAGACUUUCCUCGCUACCGAGGGUAUCUCUACCGGAUCUUUCAUCUACGCCGGUAAGAAAGCCACUUUAAACGUUGGUAACAUCCUUCCCGUUGGUCAAACUCCCGAAGGUACCAUUAUCAGUAACGUCGAGGAGAAAAUUGGUGACCGAGGAGCUCUUGCCCGAACUUCCGGUAACUACGCCACUGUCAUUGGACACUCUGAAUCUGGUGUAACCAGAAUCAGACUCCCUUCAGGUGCCAAGAAGACCAUCUCUUCAAGAUGUAGAGCUACCGUUGGUAUCAUCGCUGGUGGUGGAAGAAUCGACAAACCAUUCCUUAAAGCCGGUAGAAAACACCAUGCUAUGAGAGCCAAGAGAAACUCAUGGCCUAGAACUCGUGGUGUUGCUAUGAACCCGGUUGACCAUCCCCACGGUGGUGGUAAUCAUCAACAUAUCGGUCACGCUUCUACCAUGGCCCGAGAUGCUCCAUCCGGUCAAAAAGCUGGUCUUAUCGCUGCCAGAAGAACCGGUCUUCUCCGAGGUACUGCUGGAAAAACCGUCGACACCGCUUAA